AUGGAGAGGUCUACCUGUAUCGUGGUGGCGUCCAACGAUCGGACAGCUUCUCUAUGGGACAUUGGUACUGCAAGGGUGGUCGCAACCUUGAAGCACGAUCUUGAAAUAAACAGCGCCAACUUCGAUGCCUCUGGUGUGGCUGUUGUCACUACCUCCCAAGAUCAGCUGGCGAAGGUUUGGGACGUAGCGUCUGGUGAGGUCUUAGCCUCGGUUGCACAUAGCAACUCAGUGUAUGCCGCCGCAUUCGACCCUUCGGGCGAGUUGAUCGUCACAGCUUCCGAUGACAAAACGGCUUCGGUAUGGGAGGCAGCCACUGGGUCGAAAGUGUGUACAGCAAGGCAUGAGCAUGCGGUAUACAGUGCUUCUUUUGACGUAUCGGGCGCACGCUUUGUCACGGCUUCGCGAGAUAGUUCGGCUUCUGUUUGGGAUGCACUGACUGGCGCCAAGCUGGUCACGAUGAAGCAUCGUGACAGGUGCAUGAACUCUGCCUUUGAUGCAACUGGAAAGAGAGUUGUCACAGCUUCCUUCGACAAAAGUGCGACGGUUUGGGAUGCUGUUAGCGGCACAAAGAUCUUCACAGCAAAGCACAGCAACUUAGUGUUCAGUGCGGCUUUCAAUGUGCUUGGCACUCACAUCGUCACGGGCGGGGAUGAUUUUGCCGCCAAGGUGUGGGAUAUAGCCAGUGGCAAAGAGGUAUCUACCCUUCGACACAAGGACCGCGUCUACAAAGCCGCGUUUGAUCCCACGGGCUCUCGCGUGAUUACAGCUUCAGCUGACUCUUCAGCUGGGGUGUGGGAUGCGUCCACUGGCACGCAGCUUCUGACCUUGAAGCAUUGUCGCGGUGUGUUGGAUGCUGCCUUUGAUGCCUCUGCCACGCUGGUCGCCACGGCUUCUGAAGAAGGCACAGCUGCAGUCUGGAGAGUGGAAUCUGGUGAGCGACUGCUUUCCUGUAGGCAUGAAGCAACAGUGAACAGCGUGGCGUUCAGCUGA